AUGGCGCUGUCGCAGCGGACCUGCUUUGCGGGGCCCUCCUGCAGCCGGCCCCUCACAUCCGCGGCAUUGCGGUUUCGUAGAUGUCGGGCCCAGUGCAGUAGCAGCUGCACCACUGACAGCACCUUGCAGCCCGGCAGCUCGCCCAGGCCCUCUGUGGCCCGGCAGCUAGCGACAACGGUGCAGCAAGCGGCAGCAGCGAUCAGGGAGCAGCGAGCGGCGGCCAGCGACACGCUGUGCAGGCUGCUCGGCGGCAACCAGCAGCAGCUGGGCAGCUUGCUGCUGUGCGCGGCAGCGGCGGCAGGGCCCUUGCGCAGCAGCGCCAGCAGCGUGUGGGCGGACCUCGCCUCCAACUAUGUCUUCUGCGUCGGCUUCUGCGGCUGGUUUCUGGCCCAAUUCCUCAAGAUCUUCACCAAGCGCUACAAGACGGGGGUGUGGGAUGCCCGCGCUUUCUUCGACUCCGGCGGCAUGCCCUCCUCCCACUCCGCCCUCUGCUCUUCCGUCACCACCGCCAUCGCCAUGCAGCAGGGCCUGGGCAGCCCGCUCUUCGCCGUCGCCGUCUGCUUCAGGCACGCCCACGCCGGCCAUGCCCGCUGCCAUCCCGUUCUCUGCUAUGCAAACUGCCCCGGCGGCGCCGAGCAGCACUGGCAGGCAACCACAGGCGCCCCGCACCAGCACGUGAUUGUGAUGUACGAUGCGAUGGGCAUCCGUCGGCACGCAGGCCUGCAGGCGGAGCUGCUGAAUGUGGUGGUGGGGGAGGUGCUGGAGGGGCACCCCAUGAGCGCACGCAAGCUCAAGGAGGUGCUGGGCCACACGCCGCGGCAGGUGUGUGCCGGCAUGGUGCUGGGCAUACUCGUGGGCCUGCUGUUCCCCAUUUUGAGCGGAAUUGCUCCAGCUUGA